AUGGCUGAAGAAGGCGGAUAUUUGGGAGCAAUGACUUACCAGUGUCUUUUCAAAGGUGCUAUUGAACGGGUGAUGCAGAGUCACAAGGCAGAUGAAGUCGCGUACCAUGCUUUGAAUAGGUUAAGUGCGAAUUUGCAGCAAGCUGAUGUCGUCUCACCGUCGUUUCUUUUUGAUUUUAUGAAGAUUUUGUUGGAUCGAUCAAAACUCAAUAUUAAUUUGCAAGAGGCUUUCCUACGUAUGCAGGCAAAGGCGCCCACAGAUGAUCUGGAAUUGCCACCUGGACUUGGGCCAGAAUUUCAGGAAUUAUCUGCUAGAGCAAUUGCUCUUCGUCGAGUUCUCUCUCGGGUUCCGGAGGAAAUGUCUGAUCGAAGGACAUUUUUAGAAACAAUUAAAGAAAUUGCUUCUUCUAUAAAGCGACUUCUUGAUGCGACAAAUGCACUAAUGCGCGUAGUACCAGUUCCCGCACAGUCUUGUAAAUUCUUUUUUUUUUUGUUUAACGUAAAGCGUAUUUCUUUAAUAUUAUAUAAUGUAUCGGUUUCUGCCAACCAAUUAAUUUUUCAAACCACACUUAUUAUUAAGACUAUACGGGAAAAAUUAGCGAAGGUGAGUAUGAAAAAUUGUAUAACUUUCAAACAAAAAAAAAAAAUGUGUACUACAUAUGAUAAGGUGUACUGUGAUAUAAAUCUAAAUUUCUAG